UAGCGUAUUUUAAGUUACGGAUCAAAUUGUGUUUUAAUUUUGGAUUUUAAUAUGUCUGCCAAACUGACGUCUGUCGACUCGUUGUCCGUCUCAAGCUUUCAAACGUCUGACAGCUUUCUUCAACCGGCGGUUCGUAAAGGAGAAUACCCCGAGACGGUAUACACCUCAAACUCGUAUAACAACAUUCUCUUGAGCGGUUUCAACGCCCUAAGGUUUGACAACCUGCUGUGUGACGUCACGCUGAUCGCGGGGAAUACCCGUUUCCCGGUACACCGUGCUUUGCUGGCAGCAUGCAGUCCGUAUUUCAAAAGCAUGUUUACAAAAGACAGCCAAAAUGCCCAGAUCGGUAGAAAUGAAGGAACAAAGUACACCUGGUUCUCAGAAUCAAUUGAACUACGCGGAAUUAGCAGCGAUGGCCUUAAACAUAUUGUGGAAUUCAUGUACACUGGUAAACUGCCCAUCAGUAUGAAAUCCGUGCAGAAUAUUCUUGCAGUAGGACGACAUAUGCAGAUUCAACCUGUGCUAGACUUCUGCAUGGAGUUUCUGAUUUCUGCAAUCGAUGUUAACACAUGUGUGGACAUUAUUCAUAUUGCUGAGGUGUUUAGUAUGGCUCAAUUGGAGGAAAAUGCCUAUAAAUAUAUGCUGGAAAGGUUUCCUGAUUUCAUAAAAUCAAAUCAACUGCAAAAACUCACCUUUGAGAACAUGAGUUAUCUUCUUGACAGCAAUGACUUGAAAGUUAUGUCGGAACUUGAUGUGUUUGCUGCAACACUGAAGUGGAUUAUGUACGACCAUUCAAGACAAGCAUUUAUUCGCAAACUGAUGGAGAAAAUUCGCUUUCCUUUGAUGCCCCCGCGUGACUUAAUGGUUCAUGUUAACGUGGUUGACUUCAUGAGAACUAAAUGCAAUGACCUUCUACUUGAGGCAAGCAGUUACCACAUGCUCCCUCAUUCCCAACCUAUUGUUCCGUCAUCACGAACAAAGAUAAGAUCAAGUGAUACGAGACUUGUUGUUCUGGGUGGAGCUGACAAUACAGAUGAAGUCUCAAACCAACUGAAAGUAUUCAAUCGUGAGUUGACGGCGUAUACGCUUCUACCAAGCAUGGACACUGGGGUGCAUUCUCAUUCUGUUGCUGUUCUCAACAACUUUCUUUACAUUCUUGGUGGUCAGAAUCAUUUUGAAGAAAGAGGAAAAACAUCAGUGCCUACUGUUACAAGGUAUGACCCUCGGUUUAACACCUGGAUGAAAAUAGCGAACAUGAACGAGCAGAGAGCAGGAUUCCAUGUGAGUGCCAUACCUGCUUAUAACAGACUGUAUGCUGUGGGAGGUGUUAACUCAGUUGGUCGAUUAUCUUCAGUGGAAUGUUACUGUGUGGAAGAAGAUAGAUGGAAGUACGUGGCAUCAACACAGAAUGCUUUGUGUGAUCACAAUGGCUCGGUACAUCGGGACAAGUUGUAUGUAAGUGGCGGUUUCAGUGACGGUCACUUCAGCGAUGCCAUGUUAUGUUACAACCCCAAACAUGACAUAUGGGAGCGUAGAUCACCUCUGCAGUUUCCACGUGGCUGGCACAGUCAAAUAACAGUAAAAGAUAAGAUUUACAUCAUUGGUGGAAACACAGGCAUCAACAAACGAGUUGACGUGCUUGACACUGAGGUUUACAGCCCAGAUUUCGACCAGUGGACAACUGUGACACCGAUUUCUAUGGGACAAAGUGAAGCAGGGGCAUGCCUGCUUGACAACAAAAUCUUUGUGGUUGGUGGAUACUGCUGGUCAGCUCGUCGAUGCAUAAAGGUGAUUCAGACCUACGACCCUGAAAAGGAUGAAUGGGAAAGGGUCGGUAACCUUCCUCGUGGCUUGGCUGGGCUUCGACUCUGCACUCUCACGUUGCCACACCACUUGGUGCGAUAGAGGUCCACUUUUUUAUAUAGCGUUUUCUGCAGUUACUAUAAUAGGGUGGGUAAAGAUGGGACACCUUUUCAUUCAACUUUUUUCUUUCUAUUCGGUAGUAAAUAAAGAAUUUUUACUGAAAAAUACACUCGCAUCCUUACGACUCAGAAAUACCGUUGUUAAUACAGUCCAUAAAUAUGGGAUAUAUAGGCGAUAACGGUAUCCCAUCUUACCCCCAGUACUAUAGUAGGGUGGGAGAAGAUGGGACAUCUUUACAUUCUAUUUUCUCGUCCCAUUUGGUAGUAAACAAAGAUCAUUCAAAGAAUUAUUAAACCAUAUCCUCACGACUCCCAUGGACCGUUGUUAAGUGUUUAAAACACGAUCAGGAUAUUGGGAUAUUAUGUGCUUAAGGUGUCCCAUCUUCCCCAAACCUACUAUAUCUAGAGUUUUGCGCGUUCUCCGCGAUUAUUAUUUCAUAUGCAACAGCUUGAAAAAAUGUGCACUUAAGUAUCAAGGAGCUGACAGAACUUUAUUGGUUAAAUUUGUUUUACGCAAACUUCGUGUUUUAGAUUUUUAUAUUUACAACAGCAUCGUGCCUAUAGCAAAGCUUACUAUUAGAAUAAUACAUUUCACAAAAAACAGCAGCGCCCAUUGUUUUAAAUACUUUGUACAAUAUACUCUUCUUCCAUGAGUGAAGGAGUGUCUUUCUGGAUGCUGUUACGUUUUUCAAAUUUUCCAAUCGAA